AUGUCGCCCUCCAGAUCUGAGAUCAUAAAUAGCCACCCGAUCGGGGACCGGCUAGAUGAGUUCCACGAUCUAUAUAGCAUCUGUCAGUCACUAUUCGUGCCUACGUUAACAGAUGAAAGCGCCCAUGGCUCGGACAUUAAGACGAGGGUGUUCAAUUUUAUUAUCGCCUUUACAACUCUUCCUGCUUGUCAUCAGUUGCCUUCUACUAAGAGAUCCGGUGCUCUUUACUUAGACCUUUUUCAGCUUGCCGCUAACUUUGAGAUUAUACCCCUUCUACCUAAUAACCUUAUGAUUAACGAGGACAAGGAGAGCGUGUCCUGGAGGGCUUUUAUUAUUGAUAUGGACCUUGCUAUUAAAGAAGAUCGAGAAGAUAUUUCAGGAGCACGAACGAUUGGAGUUCUUCUAGAUGAACAACACUCCUUUAUGCACGAUCUUGAAUCAUUCUUCUGGGUCUUAUUCUGGAUAUGUAUUCAUUAUGAGGGGCCUAGAAAGGGUCGAGUUGUCAAAGACUACGACGAGUGGAAUUAUAUGAGUACAGAGAAGUUGGCGAAGGUGAAAGUAGGAACUGUGGAUGAGGCGAUCUUCAUGAGAACCAUUUCAGCCAACUUUACGCCCUACUAUGAGCCACUGAUUCCCCAUGUUAACAGACUACGGAGGGAGGUAUUCCCAGCAGAUAAACCCUGGAGGAAAGAAGACAUAGGACUGUAUUCUAGGAUGAAGAAAGUCCUACGGGAUGCACAAGCAGACCCAGCGGUGCUUGAGAUAUUAUGA